UGCAGAACCUUUCUGUGCUGUUCAAAUGCUUCUACACUGUUCAAUCAUGGUACAGUAUCCAGAGGAACCCUUCUAAAAGGGAUCCCUGGCUCUUGGAAAAGAAAGUAUUCUGCUUGACACAGAAUCCUUCUGGGAACUGGGAUUCCAGCAUUAAGAAAAGACAGAGCCAGUGUGAACUGUUUGGAUUUGGCAAUACCUGGGGAAAAAUCCAGCUGCUUUCUACUGGAAUCUGAUUUGAAAUUUUAGAGGCAAAUUAAAAUCCUGCAGUUCAAAUCUGAGUGAUAUUUGAAAGGUCCAGCCUGACCCUCUCUAAGUCUGCCUUUUAAUUAACCAGGCUUUUUAUAGCACACUGUGUUCUCCUCCCUGCCAGGGCAACUUGCAGGACUUCUCCAGGUGAGAAUUCCAGAAGCACCUUCACUAGGAUGUUCUGGAUGCAGCAGGAUGGUAACACUCCAGCACAGUAUUGCCAGUACCUGCAUCAGAAGUUGUGUCUGUCACUUAAAUGCACUGAAACAAAGUCUGGUGUGUUCUCUGCCUUCCUGGAUGCCAGAAUGGAGUUCUCUCUGUACCAUAAGCUGAAUGGCAAAAAGAAUCCAGGUGAGUGUUCAGGAAAUGAAGUCUCUUGCCAGACCCAGGUCUAAAACAAUGAAUUCACCAAAUGAGUAAUUUUAAAUCAGCAUCAUUCAGCACCAUUCUUUCCUCCUCUAAUGAGGAUCUGUAAAUAAGAGCAACUGGAGGUUUUAAACUACUGUGCCAUAACUUUGAUUCAAUGAUCUUCGAGGGCUUUUCCAGCCUUAACAAGAGUGUUUCUAUAACUACUGGAAAAAAUCUUGCUCCUUUACUGUGAAGUUAUAAAUGUAUUCGUUUCCAUCAUCAACAGAAAUGUGUCAGAUGCCAAAGGUCUUUUCAUUGUUUUCAGAUUUUCCUUUCCUUGCACUGAUCAGAUUCUCUCCUGCAGAGAUAACAACCACACAAUAGCCCAGCAAAGGAUGGCUGGGUAGGAAUAAGACACCACAGCGAUGGUCAGAUCCAAGUCCAGGACACUGAACUCCAGCUGCAGACAUUCAAUACAGCAGCACCCUGCAGGGAUGUCCAGGACUUGACUAACGGGGUUGCCAUGGCUCAGGUGCUUCACCAAAUAGAUGUUGCCUGGUUUGAUGCAUCUUGGCUCAGUCGCAUCAAAGAAGAUGUUGGUGACAACUGGAGAAUAAAGUCCAGUAAUUUGAAGAAGAUACUGCAAGGAAUUAUGGACUACUAUCAUGAGUUCCUGGGUCAGCAGAUUGCAGAAGAGCUUAUUCCAGACUUGACCCGGAUAUCUGAGAACUCGGAUCCCACUGAACUGGGCAGGCUCCUGCAGCUUAUUUUGGGUUGUGCAGUCAAUUGUGAGAGGAAACAAGAACACAUACAGAAUAUCAUGACCCUUGAAGAGUCUGUUCAGCAUGUUGUCAUGACAGCCAUUCAAGAGCUCAUGAGCAAGGAAGUAACAAACGCUUCCCCAUGUGAUGCAUCAAGUGAAGUGGAACAGCAGCUUAAAAAAGCCUUGGAAGACCUUCAGGAAGCACUAGCAGAAAAGGAGGAAUUGGCACAAAGAUGCCAAGAGCUGGAUUUGCAGGUGGCUGCCCUCCAGGAUGAGAAAAACAGCUUGAUAUCAGAAAAUGAGAUUAUGAAUGACAGACUAGAGCAAUUAGAUGACUCUCUUGAUGAUCCAAAUACAGUGGUUGCAAAAAAAUACUUUAGUGCACAGUUGCAGCUGGAACAAUUGCAAGAAGAAAACUUCAGGCUUGAAGCUGCAAAAGAUGAUUAUCGUGUCCAUUGUGAAGAUCUAGAAAAGCAAUUGAUUGAGCUGCAACAUAGAAACAAUGAACUGACUUCUCUGGCAGAAGAAUCAAGAGCCUUGAAAGAUGAGAAUGACAUUCUUAGGGCUACUGCAGACAAGGCAAGCAAGCUGGAGCUGACGGUGGAGGUGUAUCGGAAGAAGCUGCAGGACCUGAACGAUUUCCGCAGGCAGGUCAAGUCCCUGCAGGAGACCAACAUGAUGUACAUGCACAACACCGUCAGCCUGGAGGAUGAGCUCAGGAAAGCCAACGCAGCACGAGCCCAGCUGGAAACCUACAAAAAACAGGUCCAGGAGCUCCAUAACAAACUGUCUGAAGAAUCGAAAAGAGCUGAUAAGCUGGCAUUUGAAAUGAAACGACUUGAAGAAAAAUAUGAAGCUUUAAUGAAAGAAAAAGAAAGACUGAUAGUGCAGUGUGAUGCAUUAAGAGAGACAAAUGAGGAGCUCCGAUGUGCACAGAUGCAGCAGGAUCACCUGAGUCAAACAGGUGAAAAAAGCCAUGAGAAUCUUGCUGCUGAAAUUCUGCCAGUGGAAUAUAGAGAAAUGUUUAUUCGGCUGCAGCAUGAAAAUAAGAUGCUCCUGCUGAAACAGGAGGGAUCAGAAAAUGAACGGAUUGCUGAGCUCCAGGAAGAGCUGGAGCAGAAGCACCGGACAGUGAACGAGCUGGAAACUGAGAAAAGGCUCAAUGAAGAGCGUAUUGGAGGAUUACAGCAGCAGAUUGAAGAUCUGCAAAAGACUUUACAGGAGCAGGGAUCCAAGACUGAAGGAUCCAGCAACCUGAAGCAGAAAUUGGCAGCACACAUGGAAAAGUUGAACGAGGUUCAUGAUGAGUUACAGAAGAAAGAGGCUGAUCUUGCAGAGCUCCAGCCUGAUGACAGUCAGAACCCCCAGAAGAUUGGAGAGCUGGAAGCAGCUUUACGAAAAAAAGAUGAGGAUAUGAAAGCCAUGGAAGAAAGAUAUAAAAUGUACCUUGAAAAAGCAAGGAAUGUGAUAAAAACCUUAGACCCCAAGCUAAAUCCAGCAUCAGCAGAAAUUAUGUUGCUCAGAAAACAGAUACUGGAAAAAGAGAAAAGAAUUGAAGCACUAGAGAAUGAAUACAAAAUGGCCAAGUUACGUGACUAUGAGGAAAAACUGAUUGUAACUGCAUGGUACAACAAGAGCCUGAGUCUGCAGAAGCUGGGCAUGGAAGCCAGGCUGCUGGGCAGCAGUGGCAGCUGCGGGGCCGGGCCCGGCCGCUCCUUCCUGGCACAGCAGCGCCACGUCACCAACACCAGGAGGAACCUCACCGUGAAAGUACCAGGUGCAACAGCUGAUUAAACACGAGGACAUGAAGAAGACUCACAUGCUAAAGUGUCCUUAAAUGUUUUAUACCUUUCCACUUUACCUGCUUGAUGAGGGAGGAGGUUAGAAUGCUGGGCAGCUGCAAAUGACAACAUCAGAACCUGUCAGGAAGGGAUUAAGUUGAUGAGCCAGAAGGUAGCAUGUAGAUUUCCAAGUAGAUUUAAUAAUUGCAGCAUGUACAAGCACAACUUAAAAGAUUUCUAUUUGCCUUCAGAUUAUAUUGUAAAUAUGAAAUUUGGCACUAUAUAUUUAAAACUUUAUUUAAGUGGGUUUGGGCUAGAAAGUUGACUUUUAUAAUGGGAAGAUGUUAUGCAAAAGUGUACUUCAGGAAACUGGCAAAAUUGGGCAUUUUUGCUGGGCUCUUCUGAAAGCAGAUCUAAAAGAUUAGUAACAUCUUUUAAAAAAAGACUUUUUAGACUAGAAAGUACGAUUUUAAAAGCAAGAAAUUACUUGCAUUUAUAGAAGAAAAUAAAGGUGUGGUACCACCUUUACUGGUACAUAACCAGUUGUUAUGUAACAGAAGACAGGAUUUGUUUUAUGCGAAGCAAAAUUUCUCAGUUUAUUAAAAAAA